AUGCAGACCGGCUCUGACGUGUUCAUGAACAUCAUCCUCGCCACCCUGAAGGCCAGCAACGAGCUCGUUGACGGCGAGACCUUCGAAUUAGUGAGUGGGAACCCGGCACUGCUGAAAGUUUUCCUUGAUUCUGGCCGCGUCGACAUUGACGAGCCUCGCGUGCAGUCGGUGGUGCAAGCCAAGCUUGACGAGGUGCUUGCCGGCGAUCCCUACGACGGCGACGUCGUGUCUGGCGAUCUGCUCAACUAUGUCCGGGCUCUCUGCAGCAUCCGCACAAGUCGCAUCACCUUUCAGCAGAUGGUGCUCCUGCGCUACUCCGGUUUCGACUACGUGGAGCUGCUCAUCGACUACCCGUAUCUGCUGGAAAAUUUGGAGAAACCCAGCUUCUGCAUCUUCUUUGUCUUCGACGUGCUGCACUACAUCAGCAUCGCGAUUAGCUGGAUUGGCGUGCUGGUGACGUUGACGUUCACCGCCAUGGUACUGUGGUCGGUGGUGUUUUGGUUUCAGCAGCCCGAGCACCGCAACAACGGCUACUGGAUCAUCAUCACAUACGUUGGCGGCUACGUGGUGAGUCUUGUCGCCACCAUGCGCGCGGAGGAAGGCAAGAUCAAGCGCUAUGAGAAUCAAGUGUGGCACUACCCGGACAACAUCUUUCGGAUUGUACCCAUCAUCCCUGUGUACGAGAUCAUGCUUAGCUACGUGUCGCUGCGGUACGAGAUUUCGGCCAACGCGAAGAGUUUUUUCAUUAUCCGGUACGAUCUGCGCAACGGUACCCUUGUCCAGCACAUUACCAACGGCUGCUUUUACGCCCUGCCGCAAAUGAUUCUGCAGACAUUCCUCUUCAUCAGCGAUAUUCACCGAAGCAAUCACUACCUUCAUGUCGCGUGUUACUGGCUACUCCUGGGCUGCUCGCUGACGUUGAUAACCAUGUCGAUAUUCGCCUACCACCGCAUUGCCUUCUUCACGCACUCGUGCAACGGCUGCGGGUUUGCGGUUCUAUCGAGCCAAAGCACCAGCACCAAAGACCACACGCGCGUGCUCGCCCGCCGCGUCCGUCCCUCUGACAUCGUCACAAAGGUGCUUAUCUUCUUCACCAUAUACUUUUUUGUUGCCCAGACGGUGACCCUUGUCGUGCUGAUGCUCGACCUGCGCUCCUGCGCGAGAACCGCGAUUAUCUUCCCCGCCAUCUACAUGUCCGUUCUCGGCCUCUCUAUCAUUGUAAUCGUGGUUGUGUACUUCAACCUGCCCUUCUCGCGAGGCAUGGGUGCCAUCGGUAUCCCCGUGAUGCUAAUGCAAAUUGCCUUUCUCGUGUACGCUAACGUGGGUGCGACGAGUCGAGAGUGCGUUGUCUUCAAACCCUCCUUCAGCAAGUGGAUGAUACCAAGCCUCGCAAUCUUCGGGUUGAUGUGCCUGUCCAUCGUCGCCUGGUUAACGAUGUUGUUAUUCGAGCUCUUUCGCGGAGUGCGCAUUACGCAGCGGGCUGUCGAUCACUACAUCCUGGCGUAG